GUUGCCAAAUUUAUUUACUUUUACAAUCUGUAGUCUGCCUGCUUUCUAAAUUUUAUUGAUUGUAUUUUUAAAUAGUAAAUAUUUUGCAUUAAAGCAGCAUUCAAAAUGAGUUGCUUUGAGAACGUAAAUUUACCUAACUGCGUGUGGUUUGAUGGGGGUGACAAACGAAAUACUGUAGCUUCGAUUUUGGCUGGUGUUUUGUUCUUUGCGGGCUGGUGGUUCAUCAUAGAUGCAGCGUCAGUGUAUCCCGGAGAUCUCCCCAAUGCAUCUCAUGUGUGUGGUGUUAUGGCAACACUCUCACUGGUCAUGGUUAAUUCUGUCUCCAAUGCUCAGGUCCGUGGUGACACCUACACAGGUGGGUGCAUGGGCCCGCGUGGCGCUCGUCUCUGGCUGUUUAUGGGAUUUGUUGUAGGGUUCGCCUCCCUUAUCUCAGCCUGUUGGAUCCUCUUUGCUAAUUAUGUUAAUGCUGGGAGCAACAAGCAUACAUGGCCCGGUGUGAGCUUGUUCAUGCAAAACGCAUUUAUAUUUGCGGGCUCCCUCGUCUUCAAGUUCGGCCGCACCGAGGAUGUUUGGGGAUAAGAUUACUCUAAAGUUUUAUUAUCUGUGACUACAAACAUAUUACAGAUUCAAAAAUAAGAUGUUUAAAAUUUAAUUUAUGUUAAAAGAUCAUUUAACUUGUUUAUUGCGAUUACCUUUAUUUUUGUAUGGAUUUCAUUUGUAAACUCGGUUGUGUGUAUGUGAGUGUGUAAGCUUAGUAAGUCACAAAAUAAUAUACAAUUAGUUAACAAUAAAACAAAGUGUAUUAUUAACAUUUUGCACUAUAAAACAUUACAUGCAUCAUUGUAAUUAAUAAAAAGUGUGAGAUCUAAUUUUCUUUUAAAUUAAUUACAUAAAUUACAGUAGAAAAUUUAAAUUUAUUUUAUAGCAACAUUAUAAUAUGUUAAGAAUACUUGCUGUCAGAGGAACAUUAAUCGUUUUCUUUAUUUUGGCUAGCGAAGUAUUUUGUAAAGUACUAAUUUUGUGUUAUUUAAAAAAUCAUUGUGUAGUUAAAGAAUUUCAAAUAAAACAAUACAGAUUAUAUAAGUAUUAUAUUUACAUUAAGAAAUACAAAUAACAUUAUCUUCAAAUUAAAAAUAUUUAGUAAGAUUCCUAGUAAAUUGGAUCUUAUUAUGAAAGUUGGAAAUGUUUGUCAAACAUUGUGUAUGUGAAAUAAAUAAUUAUUCCUUUGGUG